UGUCGCCGCGCUCGCUGGCGGCCGCUGGGAAGUACGUCACGGCGGGUGCGCGCCGGCGCCGCGGCGGCGGUUUCGAACGGCGGCUGAGCGGGAGCCGUUGGUGCCGGGCGGCGGCGAGAGGAGCAGGAGAGGUGGUCGGCGGGGGAAGGUGAAGAAACAACCUCAAGGAUGAAGCGCUUGGCGCCCCGCAGCACUUUGCGGAAAAUCAUAAAGAAGCACAAGCCCGAGCUGCGCCUGGCGGCCAACGCCGACCUGCUGGUGCAUUUGAGCUUCUUACUGUUUCUUCAUCGGCUAGCAGAAGAAGCCAGGACAAUUGCUUUUGAGAACAAAAGUAAAAUAAUUAAACCUGAACACACUAUAGCUGCAGCAAAGGUUAUUUUAAAGAAAAGCAGAGGCUAGAAAACAGAACAAAGGAAUUUCAAAGCAUAUUUUUCCAUAUUUUCUUACUAUAACACGAGAUCCUGUGAGCCAGCUUUUGCACUUGUGGAAGUAUUUAGUUUUGUUGAAGUCUGUCUCCUGACUCUGAGUAUCCUGCUGUUUCUUUAAAAAUGUAAUUUAAGAAACUUAAAAUUUGAGAAACUUAUAUUUUCAUACACUUUGUGCAUAAUUUUAAAAUGUGUGUCACUUCUCAUUUAAGAGUCUUGAUGUACCUUAUUUCUUCCAUAAUAAUGGAGGAAUGCAUAUACCAUAGUCACUCUUCAGGUAUGAUGUGUCAUUUUUUAUUAGAAGUGUGAAACUUUUAAAGGAGAACAGUAAUAAAAAUGCAGGUUGCACUAAAUCCAUUGAAGAUUAUGCAGAUCAAAGCAGAUUUACUUGCUAAAUGAAAUCUGUACUUUUAAAAUAAUCACUGUAGAAAUUCAUGCAUUAAAUAUCUUGGCUUCAAUUUAUUUAUAAAUGUCUUAAUAUUUUUUUGAAAUGACUUUGAAAAGUAGGUGAAAGCUUCUGUGUUCUGUGGAAAGAAUGCAUAUUUUGUAUUUCUAAAUCAUACUCUGAAAUGUUAAGCUGUCUUAUAGUUUGAUGUGGUAUAUGAGACAAGUUGGUGGUCUCUAAUUCACUUGGUGUGAACAGAUGCACAUUAUGGAAAAGUAGGAAUCUGGCACAGCUGAUGUUUUUGAGGUUAGAUCGUGUACUCAUACUGAAGAUAAGUUGGCAUGAGUGCCAAGGUACUUCCUCCCUCUUUUUGAGUGUCAUCCUAACUUGUUAGAAGUCAAGAAAUGCACAUUAUGUAAAAAUAUAUUUUAAAAUUAAAAUAAUUCUAUUCCCGAUUUGAUAUUUUUAAACAGUUUCUGAACACUUCGCAUAAUAAACCUUUCAAUAAAGAUAUAGUUGAAUCUCACAGUUUGAACUGAUAAUGCAGUUUUGUGGAAUAUGUGGUAGCUGAUCCUUCAUAUGCACAGUGACUGUAC